AUGGGGAGUGUCAACGUAAAUCGUAACGUCAGCGAUGCGUUUUACCGCUAUAAGAUGCCGCGGAUCCAAGCCAAAGUAGAGGGCAAGGGGAACGGCAUUAAAACCGUGAUCGUGAACAUGGUUGACGUCGCUAAAGCGAUUGGAAGACCUGCCACCUAUCCUACUAAAUACUUUGGCUGCGAGCUCGGUGCGCAAACCCAAUUCGAUUUCAAAAACGAGAGAUUCAUCGUGAACGGUUCGCACGACGCAACGAAAUUGCAAGAUCUUUUGGAUGGAUUCAUUCGUAAAUAUGUACUGUGCCCAGCUUGCGAUAACCCCGAGACCGAGCUGAUGGUUAACUCGAAGAAGGGAACCAUCUCGCAAGGAUGCAAAGCGUGCGGUUACCAUGGAUCACUGGAAAGCAAUCAUAAAUUGAAUACCUACAUCUUGAAGAAUCCACCGAGCUUGAAUCCUGCUGUACAAGGCAGUUCUUUAACCGAGGGUAAACGCGGGAAACGUUCGAAACGUGCAAAUGGUGAAACAACCACCACUACGACCACCGCUACCGCUAAUGGUGAUCGAUCUGGUUCUCCGGAGAACGAUAACAACACCAACGACAUCGUAGUUGAGGCUCCUGAAAAGAUGGCGGAUGAGGACGGGGAUGAUGAUAAUUGGGCAGUUGAUGUGUCCGAGGAAGCGGUCAGAGCCCGUCUGCAAGAUUUGACGGAUGGAGCAAAAGGAAUGACUAUCAGCGAUGAUCUCGAUAAGACUGAGAAAGAGAGGAUGGAUAUGUUUUAUAAGUUAGUCAAAUGUCGUCGAGAUGCCGGGCAAUUGGAUAACCAUAAAGAAUUGAUCACAGAAGCUGAACGUCUGGAAAUCAAGACGAAGGCUCCAUUGAUUUUGGCCGAAUUACUCUUCGAUCAGAACAUUGCUGCUCAAGCAAAAAAGUAUCGUGUACUUCUCCUUCGUUUUACCCACGAUGAUAUCAAGGCGCAGAAAUAUUUAAUUAGAGGAAUCGAGCAAGUGAUAGCCCUCCAUAAAGAUGCUUUGAUGCCGAAAGUACCUGGCAUUCUAAAGCUCUUUUACGAUGCUGAUAUUCUGGAAGAAAAAGCUUUAUUCGAAUGGUCUAACAAAGUGACUAAAAAAUAUGUAUCGAAAGAUUUAUCCCAAGAAAUUCACGAUAAAGCUGCACCGUUUUUAACCUGGUUACAAGAAGCAGAAGAAGAGGAUUCUGAACCAGAAGAGGAAGACGACGAUUUGGAGAUUGAAUACGAUGAUAGAGCCAAACAAUCGCUAAAACCACAACAGUCACCGCCUAUGCAGAAGCCUGCUGUAGUUAAUGAAGACUCAGAUGACGAAGAUGAUUUUGAUAUCGAUGCCAUUUAA